UCCGCUUUAAAGAAACUGAACUGUGUCAAAAUCGUUUCCAUCGUCAAACAGUUUCUCUAUUUUGCGCCACCCAAAUUUGAUUAAUGGAAGCCUCUGAAAAGCAAGAAGAAACCCACCCAAAUAGACCAGAAAGGUUAGCUGGUACUGUAAACUGGGGCACAGCCACUGUCAUUGGAGUAUUUGCAGGCAUGUUAUAUGGAGGUAGUAAGGAAGCUGCUGCUUCAGUUAGCAAAGAUGCAGAAGUGAUGUUGAAGCUUGGCAGCACUCCAGAUAAACGAGAGCAGUACCGAUUGAUGCGAGAUGCGAUGGAAAAAAGGUUUAUCCGAGUCACUCGUGGCUCAAUUGUAGGCGGAAUUCGACUUGGAAUGUUCACUGCUGGAUUCUAUGGUUUACAAAACUUGUUGGCUGAGAAACGGGGUGUCCAUGAUGUAUUCAAUGUUGUGGGUGCAGGUUCUGCAACUGCCGCAACCUUUGGUCUCAUUAUGCCUGGGUCUCUUCAAUGGCGUGCAAGGAACGUGGUGCUAGGUUCAGUUCUUGGAGCAGCUUUAUGUUUUCCUCUUGGUUGGAUUCACUUGAAGCUUGUAGAGAAAGCGAAUGAAGGGAACACGGCUGCUAAAGAUUCGAGAGAAAUGGGAGAAGCAAAGAGUGGUCUCGGGGCUGCCAUUGAUCGUCUUGAAGAGAACUUGAAUAAAUAGACCCACAACAAUUUGCAUAGAUAGAGAAGACUACAGAAAGCAGUGGCAUGGAACUAAAAUCUAAUGCUCUUGGCAAUGUUAAGGGCCAAACCUAAAGUUCUGCAUGGGAUAAAGGGUUGAGGAUAUCGGAAGCAUGGAACUGUUAUUUGUGUAUUUUGUUCGAUUGCCAGGUCCUUUUCCAGCUUUUAAUAGUUUUAUUUUUGUUGUUGAUGCUUUUUUGUUAAUGGUAUUAUUCUCGUACCCUUAGGGGACGUUGAUAAUAAUCUUUUCCGGAAUUACA